AUGUUCAACAAUCCGGGAGACUCGCUCGUCCUCCGGACCGAUUUCCUACACAUGGUCGAACGCGUCGAUGUCGACAUCGACUUUCUCAAGGCCCACCGCCACUCUCUCGAAGCAAAGCUCAACUUCCUUCGCUUCGAACCGUGUAUGAUUCGCGCGAUGCCGUUCGUCAAGAUGCUUUUCGUCGCGUCUCUAUGUGCACUCAUGCUGCUUCUCACACGGCCAUCAUCUGAAAAGGGAGUCUAG